AUGGAGACUAACGGACUUGUAGCUACAAUGCUGACUUUGCUGUUGCUGCUGAUUCUGUCCUCCGUCAGUCUGCAGAAAACUCUGAACACACAGGACAGGAAUGUUGAGAACGUCAUGCCGAAUCUCAAACUAAAAUGGCAGAAGUGGAGCGCUGCUGACCCAACUCCUUUGCGAGCUGUUUCAAUUUACAACAAAUAUAUGGAACGAUUAGAACUUGUCUGCAGGACGAGAUGCAAUGCCGGCUUCUUCACCCCCAGUAAGGGUCCUCUUUGCUAUUUCCCAAAUGAAAACAAAGUAUAUUUUACCGGCAACUUUGAGAUCCUUGUGAACGAAGAUGAUUUUGAAAUCCUGGAGUGGAAGGACGGUUAUUCUGGUUCACUGCCCCAAAACUCAGUCAGAACAUGUGCUGGUGUAGAAAUCUAUGUUGGGAAAAACAAGUACGGUCUUGGGAAGGUGGUUCCUGAGGAACAAUCCUUCUUUCUUCUUUGGGAACGUAGUGAGUACUGGUACAGGAGCUACAAGGUCCUGACCACCGAUAAUGAUGUUGAGAGCAACCUCGUGACUGAUGUCAGGUACAACACUGAUGGCGCCACAGUUGUCUCGUAUCCUCCUGAGACUAUGCAUGUUUCUGUCGUCACCAACUAUGAGUGUAAUCCAGUGUCAAAGUCAACUACUCUAACCAAGACAGUCCGGGAGGAGAAAAGGUGGGAUCUCGGCUCUUCCAUCACACUCGGUGUCAAGACAGAAUUCAAAGUAGGGCUCCCCAGCAUCGUGUCCGGAGGUAUCGAGAUCAGCGCUGAGACAUCAUUCCAAGCCUCAGGAGGAAAUUCUGUGACAGAAGAAGUCUCCCAUUCUGUGUCUCUGAACCUCUUUGUCCCUCCAAACCAGUCCUGCACAGUGCGGAUGGUGGGUUAUAAGUACAGGACAGACAUCCCUUUCACUGCACGCUUUAAACGCACCUACAGCAGCGGGAAGGUGGCAUGGACGUCCAUCUCUGGAACCUACGACAGCGUCCAGGUUGGGGAAGUUCAUACCGUGGUCGAUCAGUGUAAACCUGUAGGUAACGCCAGCCCUUGCCCCCAGAGGGCGUCAUAA